AUGACGACGUUUUUUAUUAAUACAUUGAAGGCCCCAUUCAUUACUCACAUGUUGGGAAGUGCUUCAAAGAAUUUCUCGGAUAUAAUCAUGAAUGGUGAAAUGAUUGAGCAUGCCAUUAAAAGUGGAAGAAUAGAUGGAGGGGAGAAUAAUAGAAGGGCAGCCCCGAGGAAAAGAGAAAACGAAGUGAAUAAUGUGAAUGCCUACGGUAGGUCAAUUACUGUGAAUCAACCAAAGAAAGUGGUUGCUAAUCAACCGGGAUCGUCAAGACAAGAGUCGAGAGCUAGGCAAACUACUGAAAAGCCCCAAUUCACGCCAAUCCCAAUGUCAUACAAGGAAUUGUAUCAGACUUUAUUCAAUGCACAUGUUGUCGCCCCUCGUUACUUGAGUCCUCUACAACCCCCGUAUCCAAAAUGGUAUGACACGAAUGCACAAUGUGAUUAUCACGUGGGAAUUUCAGGGCACUCAAUAGAAAAUUGUACAGCUUUCAAGAAGGUAGUGGAAGGACUUAUCAAAUUAGGUAUUGUUAAACUUGACGACUCACCUAACGCAGAAAAUCCGUUACCUAAUCACGCUGAUAAGGGGGUGAAUAUGGUGAGCGAAUGUACGAGAGGAGAAGUCAAGUCUGACAUUGCUGAAGUAAAAACUCCGUUGAAACGGGUCUGGAAAGAGAUGGCAAAGAGAGGGCACGAAAUCCAAGAAUGUGAAGGAUUCAGGGCUUUGGUUCAAAGCAUGAUGGAUAACAAGGAGAUGACGUUUUAUGAAGAGGCGGAAGAAAGGAGGAGCAUAUGCGCGACAGAGUCAGGAACAGGAACUCCGAAAAUAAAUCAUCCUGUGGUCGUUAUCUCACGCCCUAAGGGUAAUGAAACUAGGGCUCAGGUAACACCGAAAGUUGUAAUUCAAAAACCAUCAAAUUUCUUGUAUAAGGAUAGCAAAAUGGUGCCGUGGAAUUAUGGGUGCAAUGUGACCAUCUUGGGAAAAGAAGCGGAAGAAAGCCAGGAAAUAGGUUCUUACACACGCAAUAGGAAACGAUAUGACACUCAAGCAGAGUCGUCCAGGGAAGAGAAUUGGAAGAAAGAACAGAGGAAAGGAAAAGCAGCAGGAGUUGAGCCAUUGGUUAAUGAACCAAUAAAAGAAGAGGAGGCAAAAGAGUUUUUGAAGUUUCUGAAGCACAGUGAAUACAGUGUUGUGGAGCAACUGCACAAACAGUCAGCCCGCAUUUCUGUAUUAGCUUUACUUCUAAGCUCAGAAAUACAUCGGAAUGCGCUUCUGAAGGUACUAAACGAAACAUAUGUGGCCGACGAUAUAUCGGUAAACAAGCUAGAUCGGUUGAUCAACAACAUAGGCGCUGACAAUUUUAUCUUCUUCAAUGAUGACGAAAUACCAUCCGGAGGAAGGGGUUCUACUAAAGCCCUGCACGUUACUGUCCGAUGCAAAGGAUACACACUCCCGGGAGCCCUGGUUGAUAAUGGAUCUGCACUGAAUGUAUUACCUCUAUCCACUCUUGGUCGAUUACCGGUGGACAGUUCGCACAUGAAAGCAUGUCAGAGUAUAGUAAGGGCAUUUGACGGAACAGAAAAGAAGGUUAUGGGGAGAAUUGAGGCCUUCCUACAACUGUUUAUUGGGAAGACCGUGGAUACACUCAUCGGGGGCAGUACCUUCAUCAUUACAUCAGAAGGUGAAGUUGGUAUCGGAGGGUCGGUUGGAACAAUAGAUGCAGAGGAAGAUAUUAUCGCAAUGAUGACCAGUGAUACACCUUAUGUGGACAUCAACGAUGAUGCACUGGAAUGUUCUUUUCGGUCUUCAGAUAUCAACGACAUGAGUGAUGCUGCUUCAAACACGGAGCCUAUUUUUGAGCAAGAAAUGUGUUUGGAGGGAUCUCACGACUUUGGAAAUGACGAAGAUUAUGGUGUGUCUCCGGACUUGCUAAGAAUGGUGGAAGAAGAGGAUAAACAGAUCCUACCUCAUGGGGAAUUAUUAGAAAUCGUGAGCCUAGAGGAUGGAAAGGAGGUGAAAAUUGGUACUGAAAUCACUGCAAAGACAAAACAAGACCUCAUUAAUUUGCUCCGAAAGUUCAAAGAUGUUUUCGCGUGGUCGUACCAAGAUAUGCCCAGGCUAAGCACUAACAUUGUGGUACAUCGUCUGCCCAUAAAAGAAGAUUGUAAACCCGUUCAACAGAAGCUCAGGAGAAUGAGACCUGAUAUUGUGUUGAAAAUAAAAGAAGAAGUCAAAAGGUAA